AUGGCUCAGCGGCCCCGGCGAUUUGCCCCACUGGAUCCAGCAAAGAGGAAGGAGGGGGACCAGAGACCAGAGUUGAAAGGCAUCGUGUUCGAUGUCGACGGGACAUUAUGCCUGCCGCAGAAUUACAUGUUUGCAGAGAUGCGUGCCGCUCUCGGCAUCGAGAAGCCGACUGAUAUUCUGGAUCACGUGUACUCGCUGCCCGAGAGCGAGCAAGAAGAGGCACAGGAAAAGAUUCGAAACAUUGAGCGGACUGCAAUGAAGUCGCAACAGCCACAGGCCGGCCUCGUGGAGCUGAUGGAGUAUCUCGACUCGCGAGGCAUCAAGAAGGGCAUUUGCACGCGCAAUUUCGAUGCCCCGGUCGCACAUCUCCUCACCACGUUUCUGCCAAAGUCCAAAUUCAGCCCUAUUGUAACGCGCGAGUUUAGGCCUCCCAAGCCUGAUCCUGCUGGCAUUCUGCACAUUGCCAAGGACUGGAUGCACGAAGAUGGGGGAAACAGUUUGAUCAUGGUAGGAGAUUCCAUUGACGACAUGACGGCGGGCCAUCGUGCAGGAGCUGCGACGGUCUUGCUGGUCAACGAUGUGAACAACGAUCUCGCCGAGCACGAGCAUACGGAUCUUGUUGUUAAACGGCUCGAUGAUCUUAUCGCCAUCUUGGAGAAUGGGUUCGAGGGAAGACAAUGA